GGUGACGCUAGCUGGAGAGUUGCUGGAGGCGGGGAGGAUCCGCAGCCACCAUGGCAACCUGAGACGCCUCGCGUUCCCGUUCCUCCCCGCGGGCAGCAAAGCCGAGAGGGCCAGCCAGCCAACCUUCGGCCCUGGAAGAAGACCCCCGCGGCAUGAGGGGGGAGGAGGCGGUGACGGCGGGGGUGGUGCCCGAGGCGGGCCUCGACCGGGAGCCGCCUCCGCAGCCCGAAGGCCUGGGGUACGGAGCGCGUGGGGACCCCGGCGGCGGCGGCGGCGGCCCCCAGGAAUCCCGUAAGCAGUGGAAGAAAUUUUUAUAUUGUGAGCCACAUAGGAGAAUUAAGGAAGUACUGGAAGAAGAACUUUAUAUUAAGAGAGAUGAAUGCCACGUUAAAAAUCCACCUGCAGGGAGCCGUGUUCUUAUCCGUACUUGGUCAAAGCGAGACUGCGGUGGCGCAACGGAAAUGAGCAAAAAGGUCUGGAAGCCGAGGCUCAGGGGGAAGCACAGUGACUUGACCGCAGUCACUACAGUGGAAUAACUGAUCCUUGGAAGCAGGCUUGUCAGAAGCUGAGGUCUUUGCUCUUAGCCACUGGGUUACAUGUUAAAACCUGAGAUUAUGUUUUCUUACAAGAGAAAAGAUUUUGAAACUGUAGUGGGAGCAAAUAGUAUUUCUCUUCAGUAAAAACAGGAUCUUGUCCAGGCUUAGGUUCAAACUGGAGGCAGAACAGGUUUCAGAGGCUUUACAUAGACCUGUCAGGUAAGCACAGGGGCCUGGAGCCACAGGAUCUCAUCAUUCUGAAAAAAAAGAAAUGCAAUUUUCCAGUCAGAUCUGCUGUCAGAUGUAAUGGAAUCUGGGCAACCUAGAGAACUCUCUGGAUAAGUAAGAAUUUAGCUAACAUCGUCAUUCAUAUAUUCUCAGUGGUUCCCUGAAGAUUUUCCCCUCCUUAAGACUUAAAAAAAAUGAGAGAGAGAGAGGAGAUCCC